CUCUUUGCAGCUGUUUGCAGACAAGGUCCCCAAGACAGCAGAAAACUUCCGUGUCCUGAGCACUGGCGAGAAGGGCUUUGGCUACAAGGGGUCCUGCUUCCACAGAAUCAUUCCUGGGUUCAUGUGCCAGGGUGGUGACUUCACGCGCCACAACGGCACUGGCGGCAAAUCCAUCUAUGGGGAGAAGUUCCCCGAUGAGAACUUCAUCCUGAAGCACACGGGCCCUGGCAUCCUGUCCAUGGCCAAUGCCGGCCCCAACACAAAUGGCUCCCAGUUCUUCAUCUGCACUGCUAAGACUGAAUGGUUGGAUGGCAAGCAUGUCGUCUUCGGCCGUGUCAAGGAAGGGAUGAACGUGGUGGAGGCCAUGGAGCGCUGUGGCUCCAAGGACGGCAAGACGAGCAAGAAGAUCACCAUUACCGACUGCGGGCAGCUCUCGUAAACCCUCCUCUCAACAACUGACCAUUCCUUCGGCAGCCCGGGCGCCGUGCCCUGCUGCAGCUCACCCUGUCCCACCCUGCUCCUGACUUACUGCUGCGUUUCUACUGGGUCUUGGCCCCAUGUGCACGGUCCAGCUGGGCCGCAGUUACCUUUGAGUCUAAAUAAAACGAGUUAAACC